AACAAAACACACUAAAAUAAGCUAAAGUUAAAAUAAUUAAGGAUCAACUUGAAUACAUUUUUAAUGUUAUGAAGGUUUAAUACAUAAAAAAGUGUAUGCUAUAAAUAAACCGCGAAUCGGUUUUAUAAUGAGAGUGUGUGUGAAAUAACUCCAUAACAUAAAAUAUAUUCAAGUUAAUCCUUAUAAUUUAAUCUAUACCCCGCAAAAAAUAACUUUAUUGGUGGACUUUUUUCCGUACCAAAUCACUACUCUGCUCCAUCUUCCAAUCAAAAGCGACGUUAUGAACGGCGACGUCAUAUUUUACAAUAUGGACUGGUAACAUAAAUUUCUAAGCCAAUGAAAAUGCUUGUUACAAACAAGAUUAUAUAAAAAAGAAAUCAAUUGAUAUUUGAUUUUGACUGAGGUCUAUAGUGUCAUAAUACAUUUUGUUUUUAUAUACCGAUGGGACAGGAGAGUCGACUGUCACCAAGCUGGGGUAUGGCUGAUAUGUUUAAUUAUUACUACAAAAGUAUCAGCAUAAGAUAUGUUGAUCAGACGAUACUAUAUUUUAUUCAUUGUAUGUUCUUAAUUCAUUUGAUAGCAUUUUUUUUCCCGUAGACUCUGAGACAACCUCGAUAAACAAAACUGAUAACACCGUGUACUAUGAUAUGUAGCCAUGGCAUGGCCUCUAAUGAUAUCGGUGUUAACAGUGAAUGUAGCCGUCAGUAGUUUCGAAACUAUUCAGCAAAUAUGGGAUACGGAAACAUUCGAAGUCAUCACACAUGGUCAUUUACAAGAUAAUGCCGUUCGGAACAUCUUAGUUGCAUCGUCCAUUGAGUGUGUUUUGGCCGCCUUCAACCUGUCAAUAGCGUCAUAUGACGAGUCAUCUCAGCGAUGUGUUCUUUACGAUACCAUCGAUAAAACAGCAGACACAAAAAGAGACAACUUACUCUACAUACAUGAGAUUACCGGAAGUAACAAUACACGACAUGAGAUUACCGGAAGUAACAAUACACGAUACGAGAUUACCGGAAGUAACAAUACACGAUAUGAGAUGACCGGAAGUAACAAUACACGACAUGAGAUUACCGGAGGUAACAAUACACGACAUGAGAUUACCGGAGAUAUCAAAACGUGUGGAGACGUUGGCCAAGCGAGUUUGUCUGGAGUAUAUCGCAUCACGCCUGUACCAGGUAGAUCCUUUGAUGUCUACUGUGAUAUGGAUAGUGAAGGGGGUCCUUGGACUGCUAUACAAAACCGUCAAAGCAACGAGGUUGACUUCUUCAGGAAAUGGGAUGAGUACAAAACUGGAUUUGGUAAUCUUCUCGGAAACUUUUGGUUAGGAAACGAACAAAUCCAUGCCCUGACUGAGACACCGGGUAUACUACGUAUACAGCUGCAAUCUUUGAAUGGGACAUUUGGUUACGCCGAAUACUCACAGUUCCAAGUUUCCAAUGAGACAAAUCAUUAUAAAUUAACUGUGAAUGGUUUCAGCGGCAAUAUCAGUAAUGCCCUUGAAUGGAACAAUGGUCAAUUGUUUUCAACACCUGACAGAGAAAAUGACAUACUCGACAGAACCAGCUGCGCUGAAAUACGAAAAUCCUCCUGGUGGCACAGAAAAUGUACGGAUGUAAAUAUUAACGGCUUGUACGACCCUUCUCAUUGGAGAGAGUCAAUGUAUUGGCAGGGAUUUUAUGGUGAAAACACAAAAGUUCAAAUGAAGAAAACAAAAAUGUUGUUGAAAAAACCUUAACAAAUACAGCACUCGAAGUUUGAUUUUAGAUUCGAAUCAUUUAGAAUUACGAACAUGGGUCUGUCAAUCAUGGCUGUAAAUGUUUAUGUUUAUCGCCGGCGAAGGAACAGACAAUCAUUACCGUAAAUGUUUGUGAAGUGUUGCACGAUGUAGUGAUGUACGGACAAAGGAUUUGCUAACCAUUACCUUAAUAACGCCGUAUAAUGGUGUCGUCAUGACAAUAAAUUGGCCAAUUAUUACCGUAAAUAUGUGUAUAGUGUAUAAGGUGUUUAUGGAAAAAGGAUUUACCAAUAAUUACCAUAAAUGUUUGUGUAACGUUGCAUGAUGAUGAUGUACGGACAAAGGAUUUACCAAUAAGUACCGUAAAUGUUUGUGUAACGUUGCAUGAUGAUGAUGUACGGACAAAGGAUUUACCAAUAAGUACCGUAAAUGUUUGUGUAACGUUGCAUGAUGAUGAUGUACGGACAAAGGAUUUACCAAUAAUUACCGUAAAUGUUGUAAAGCGCUGCAUAAGAUGAUGUACGGACAAAGGACAUAUAUAAAUAUUCGUAUAGCGUCCUGUCAUGGUGUUGUCAGACUAACUAUUACCAUUAAUAUUUUCUCAGUUUCCCUACAUUUCCACAAACCGAGAAGGGAUUUGCCAAUCAGGGAUUGGCCAAUCAUUACCGUUAACGUUUAUUAAGCUCCACGUCAUGGUGAUGUACCGAGAAGGGUUUCAUCAAUCAUUGCUGUAAAUAUGUGUUUAGCGCCGAAUUAUUGUGACGUACCGACAUAAAGUCGGCGAAUCGUUUAAAAGGUUUAUAAAAUUAAAUACUCUUCUAUUGUUAAUGAAGAAUGACAUUGCUUACUAUUUGAAUAGAUGAUCUCAUUAUUUCUCUAAGGCAUACUCGCAUAUUUCAAAGCAAACAGUAUCGAGGUAACAUAACACAAGACAAGACUGAUUAAGGAAGAAUCAGGCCUUACACAACUUCAACAUAUUACUGUUCCCAAGGAGGGACACGAUUACAAAUAUAUAUUCUUUGAUUAAAUUAACUUUGAAAUGUGUUUGGUAGCAUCUAUUCAAAUCAACUGAUUCGUGACAGUAUCAUAAGAUUCAUCAAAACGCUUACUUAGAACAUGUCUUACAUCGACAGAUUUGGGACUGAGAUUGCAAUACAUGUAGUAUAAAAUAACAUGCACUGUUCUAUAGGUGUCACAUACUGUUCGCGUGCAUAUUGAUGCUAUAACAGUACAUUUUAUUUCUUUUUGAACGAAGAUCCAAAACUUGUAUUGUAUUUACGCUGUCCGUCCGCCGAUCGGUCACCCUGUCAUUUGAGAAGAUCAACGAAUUCACAUCCGCAUGUUUGAUAGGACCGAUCAAACUGCGCACACUCAUU